AGCAAAGGCUCACACGGAGACAACACACCCUUCCUUCCAAGUCUUUAUAUACAUGUAUAUGUAUAUAUGUCAGCCUAUCUGCAGCAAAGCUCUCUCAUCAUAGUCUGGGCUUCUUCCUUCAUAAGUCCAACCAGGAGAAGACAGAGAUGGGGGUGGACGUACAGGGCAAGCUCCGGCGAGCUCUUGGCUCAGUGAAGGACCAUGCUUCCAUUGGCAAGGCCAUGAUAUACCAUCAUGAUGGCUUUUCUGACAUAGAGGUGGCGGUGGUGCGAGCAACCGGCCAUGAUGACAGCCCCAUUGAUGACAAAUACAUGCAUGAGAUCCUCUUCCUUGUCUCUAACUCUCCGUCCUCAAUAACUUUUCUUGCUGAAAGAAUCUCUCGCCGCCUUGGAAAGACCAGAGACCGCCUGGUGGCCCUCAAGACUCUCGUGCUGAUUCAUCGCCUUCUGCGUGGAGGCAAUCGCUGCUUUGAGCAACAGCUGCGCGGUGCCCAUGUUUCAGGGCAUCUCCGGAUGACUACUGGGUGGUUCCUGAUGAGUAAUACCGAGCCUUCAGUUUGUUUCCUACACAGGUAUGCUGCUUAUCUACAAGAAAGAAUGGGCUGGGUCAUUAACCAAGCUGGAAAGCUUGAACCUGUCAUGUCACAAGCCUUGGAGUUGCAGUUCUAUGAGGAGAAGUUAAUCCAUACCGUGUUGCGUAGAUUGCCCAGAUGUCAAAUCCUUCUGGAUAGGGUCUUGGAUUGCUCACCCUCUGAGAUUUCGCCUUCAGACAGCUUGGCUCAAGUGGCCAUGAGCAACACCCUGAAAGAAAGCUUCCAAGUUUACAUGGCUUUUUGUGAAGGGGUUGCAGCUCUGGUAAAUAUGUUUUUUGAAUUGACGAGACCGGUGAGAGCUCUAGCCUGCAACAUACUAAGGAGAGCUUCUCAGCAGAGCCAGGAGCUUCAUGAUCUGUAUGAACAUUGCAAAACAAUAAUUGGGAAUAAGAACUUGGAGUACCCAUCGGUCCAAAUCAUAUCAAUCGAUCAUGUUCUGGCAUUGGAACAACUCUUAAGCUUUACACCAACUCCAUAUGGUUCUGUACUGACCACCAAAGCAGCUGGCUCUAAGCCGCCUGCUAUUUUGGAUUACCUUACAAGGUCAACCAAGAUGCAGUCGACAAAGACAGGAACAGAAGGCCAAGGCGAGAAAGAUGACCACACAAGUGAGAGUACUUUAUCACCAACUCUUUUUUCUUGCACGCUAGAGACCAAGAUAAGUAAAGUAUGGGUGGUGUUUGAUGAAGAAGAGUCUGCUGAAUCACAGGUCUCUAUUGAGAGACUCUUCAUCAAAGGUACUGUCAGUAAUCUCUCUCAAUGAUUUAGAACCCUUGUAGUUCUUUUAACCCAUUCACUGCAUCUGUGGAUACAAGCAUGGUUUCAAAGGUAUUAGAUUGGAUUUAACAAUUUGGGGUUUAUAAUAUGAGUAUACUUAGCACUA